CUUGGUUUCCUAAAUGGUCCUAAAUGGGUAGGAAGUUUGUCACUUAGCAAUAUGUAGUACAGAUUCUAUAUGUUCUGCUCAUUAUAGUAUAGGUUUGAUUUAUAUCUUUUUUUAUUGACCAAUAAAAGUGGGUUUUGUGAACGGUGGCCUUUUGGGCAUGUUUAGCACAGAGAAUUCCUAUAUUACAGGUGUAGAACAGAGGAACUCAGUAUUGCACAAUAUUGUGAAAAGAGCAAGAAUUUAAUGCGCAAUCACUUUUAUAAAUACAUUCUGUAUGCAUUUUUAGAUAUAUAUGUAUAUAUGUACAUGUAAUAUUAGAAAAGAGCAAACUAGGUGAUUUUUGGGAAAGUGUAUAAUAAUUCUUGAAAGUCUGGACUUCAUUAGUUUGUUUCUCGUGGUGGCUGGAAUAUGCCACUGUUCCAGGUAUGUAUUUUUGUCAUUCCUGAAUUGUCUUAUGUUUUCUAACAUGGAAGAGAUCCAAUCUAAUCCGGCAAAAAUGCAUUUUACAAAAUUGAUGAUAACUGAAUUUAUUCAGAUUGGGGCACUGUGGUUGCUGAACUUUGAUAUACCAUUAAAUCUCUCCUAUUUCAAGGUGAGAUUACACUAAGUAAACAGCCUUGAUCUUACUUACCCCUGCUGAUUAAUGAUCUAUAUUUACGCAAGUCUAAUAGUUGCUUUAAUACACUAUGUAAAAUGUCAUGAAACUCUAAAUUGGAAACGUAUAUUAAAUAAUAGCACUAUCAGGAAGACUUUAUCUCUUAAUUUUGUUGCCGCAAGAGGAUAGACAAUUACUGAAUAAAUAGGCAGAAUGAUGGUAGCCGUGAGGUGAACCUGGCCUUUGGAAAGGUGUUUGUUUCAUUGUAAGCGAAUGUAUCUGCAAAAUUAACUUACUUAUAGGUUGAGUUUUGGGGGGUUUUCUGUGAUCUGAUUUAUUUAACCUUUGACCAUAAAAUUAUUUCUAUACUUGGAACAGGUAUAUACUUUACUCAUUUUGCUUUUGUGUUCUAUAUUAUCUCUCAUUUUUUGUUUUAAGAGCCCUUUAGCAUUUCAUUUGUUCGUAAUUAGUUUUCAAGGGCUGAUUGUAAUCACUCAACUAAUCAUAAGAGACUUUUCCAUGUUCCUGUGGUCCUCAGUGAAUGAUUAAAGUGAUAGAAUCUGCUGUAUUUAUAAACAUGUCUAGUUUUCUACUUUUCUAAAUUAUAGGAGUUUUCUAGACAAUUGGGAAUUGACUACUUGAAAAGCAGCACUUAAUAACUGUAGUACUUUUAAAAUGCCCACUUGAUGUUACUAAGUAUAAAUUGCAAAAGCAGUUUUAUUUUCCAGUGGUGUUUUCUGGUACCAUUUCUUGUAAUAAGUGUUGCUUUUAAUUGUUACUGGUUUAGUUGUGACAGUAAAGCUUUGCUUUGCGAGUCAAAACAUGUUUCAGUGAGUGAAAAUAUUGCAACCUCAUGAGUGUCCUGGUGAAACAUAUAACAGAACUAAACUUUUUUUUGCUUUCAAUAAAGUCCCUUCUGGGACCACCACACCAUCCUUACUCAUUUCAAACAUCCUUAGAAUGCUGGAUACUUAAUGUAAAUGCUUUGCUGAAGAUAUAAAGUAAUGACACCUUACUUUACUGACUAAUCAGCACUUCUAGAAUCCCAAAGCAACCUGAACACUUCUUGCUUUUUUUUUCUUAAUUUGGUUUGGUUUGGCUAUCCAGCAGGCCACAGCACUCUAAGUAGCAAGUGUUGAAUGACCUGAAGAACGGUGAAUUCUGAGGAAAAGGCAGCUGGUGUUUUGAGCCACUUCUAACUGAGGACUGAAAAUGCCAGCAGUUGAAAGUGAGGCAAAGGCAAAAACCAAAGUCCGCUUUGAGGAAAUCUUCAGACGCCAUGCAGGCCUAACAGAUGCAAAGAAAUCAAAGAAAAAGAAGUUUGACUCUCCAGAGAGUAUUGUGCUUGAUACCUUUAGAAAUAAAAUUGAUCUAUCUAAGGAAAGCGUGAAUGAUGAAGCAAUUAUAAACAACACAUAUAAUCCUGAAGAACAGAGUCCACGAUUUACAAAAAAUAAAUUGAGAGAGAAAGCAUCAAUUGCAGAGAAAAUAAACAAUGAUAUUGUUAGUGGAGAGAAGAAAAAGCAACCAAAGUCAAACAGGAAGAAAAAGAAAUCACUGUUACAAGAACAAUUUAAUGAGGAGGAAGAUUUAUAUGAAGCUAAAUUGGAGAGUUUUGAAAAACAGACUAAUGAUUUUCCAAAGAAGAAAACACGAAGUAAAUCACAAACAGAUGUACUUCCUCAAGAAGCAGAUAGAAAGAUUAAAAAUUCCUUGACUGAAGUGAGAAAUGUAACUGAAUUAGAAGAGGAAGAGCAGCUAAUUCAAGCCUAUCAGCUGCAUGUGGCUGAGGAUGAGGCAAAUGCAAUUAAAAAGAAAAUGAGAAAGAAACUUAAAGAACAGAUGUCUGAAUCUACCUCCGCUGUUCAAAGCCAUGAAGUUGCAUUGAACAAUGAAGUGGGCAAAAAGAAAAAAAAGAAGAAAGAAAUAGCAGUUUUAAGUGAAGCUGAAACAAGUGCAAUGUCCAUUUCUGAGCUGCAGCAUCAUCUGGAAAAAGAUGGCAAUGAAAGUCAGUCACCUGAAAGACUAUUUACAUCAGAAGGACAGGCACUAAAGGAAAGCAUGGAUAAACAGAAACCUAAAGCCAGGAAGGUUAAAAAGAAAACCAGAAAAGAAGAAACCACAGAAGUUGCUGCAGAAAAUGAUGAGGAAAGGAAGAAUUCAGAAAUGUCAACUCAGUCUAAAUUUGGUUUUGCUGAUGAUCUGAUUUUGGGAGUUUAUAUCCAUCGAUCUGACCGACUUAAAACUGAUCUCCUAGUAUCUCAUCCUGUAGUUAAAAUCCAUGUUGUUGAUCAGAGAAGUGGCUUAUAUGUCAAGAAGGAUCACAGCAGCAAGAGGGAAGUUUCAUCUUAUGAACAAGAAGAAAUAGAGCACAUUCUUCCUAUUAUGACUCAACCAUAUGACUUUAGACAGUCUAAAUCAACAGUUCCAGAGUGGGAAGAACAAGUAAUAUUUAAUGAGCGUUUUACUUAUUUUACCCAAAACACUGAAGAAAACCCUCAGGUUAUCCUGUUUUUUGAGGUCCUUGAUUGUAUAAGUAUGGAUGAAGUGAGAGCCAUCUCCAAUGUACAAAUUCAGGAAGGUCAUUAUCGAAAAAUUUGUUGGGCGUUUCUAAAGCUUGUAGGUGCAAAUGGAGUUCUAAACAUUGGUGGAAAACUUCGUCUGCAAUUAUAUUACCCACCUUCAAGGACCAAGUCACGUUCAAAUGUUGUUGAGGUUUAUGACUGGUGGGCAAAAUGUCCUAGAAAUCGUUACCCAUCAACUUUAUAUGUAACUGUAAGAGGCAUAAAACUGCCAGAUCAUGUUGCUCCUUCUUUUCGCUCUAUGAUAGCUGUUCAGCAGGAACAAAGUAAUACAGCACUGUCUGAGCUCCAGAGAGAGGGGUACGAACCUUUUCCAGAGGAGAAAAAGGAGCCAUUUAAAUGGUCAAGAUUGCCUGGACAGGCUUGCCGCAUACCAAACAAACACCUGUUUUCACUGCGAGGUGGAGAUAUGGGCUGUUUCUGUGUUCGUUUCUCUCAUGAUGGGAAAAUGCUGGCAGCAGCGUGUGCAGGAAGGAAUGGCUAUCCCAUUGUUUUGUAUGAAAUUCCUUCUGGACAGUUCCUGAGAGAGUUUUAUGGUCACCUUAACAUAGUGUAUGAUCUUUGUUGGUCAAAAGACAAUCAAUACCUUCUUACUGCAUCCUCUGAUGGCACUGUCAGAAUGUGGAAAAUAGAAAUGCAGGCGGCAUCUGCAGUGAGAGUUUUCCCUCAUCCUUCGUUUGUUUACACUGCAAAGUACCACCCAAUUGCUGACUCAUUGGUUGUGACAGGAUGUUAUGACUCAGUGAUUAGAAUCUGGAAUGCAAAUGUGAAAGAAAUCCAUGGGCAACUGCUACAGGAGCUUGAUAGUCAUAAAAGUUUCAUCAACACACUUUGUUUUGAUGCAGAAGGACAGCACAUGUUCUCAGGAGAUAGUUCAGGAUUGAUAAUAGUUUGGGAUACACCUGUCAAAGGAAGUUCUCAACACCUCUUUCAACACUGGAGGAUCAAUAAGGAAAUAAAAGAAAAUGAUAUUAAAGGGACACCAAUAAAUCAUUUGGAGGUGCAUCCGAAUGGAAGACGUUUAUUGAUCCAUGCCAAAGACAGUAUCUUGAGAAUUAUAGAUCUCAGAAUCUUUGCUACGAAGAAAUACAUAGGUGCCACAAAUUACAGAGAAAAGAUUCACAGCACCUUAACACCAUGUGGUACGUUCCUGUUUUCAGGAAGUGAAGAUGGAAAGGCUUAUGUUUGGAAUCCAGAAACAGGAGAUCAGGUGGCCAUAUAUUCUGAACUCUCCUUCACGUCUUCGCUUCGUGAUGUUGCCUUUCAUCCACAUGAACACAUGGUGUCAUUUUGUGCCUUUGGUCAAAAUCAGCCAAUACUUAUAUAUAUUUAUGAUUAUAAAGUUGCACAACAGGAAGCUGAACUCAUAAAAGAUCUCAGUUCAUCACUUACCACAGCUGCACCAAGAGGGCCACAGUUCUUAAGCAGUUUUUCUGAAAUUCCUGUGCAAAAAAGCUUAGUGAUGUCUCCGGCAGAUCAGUUUGUCAGUGUUGCAAGAGCAUCAAUGAGAAUGCAGAAGGUGAAACAAAAACUUGAUUCUGUUUUGGCGAGCUCAAAUCUCUUGCUUCCUGCGCCCUCAUCACUGUCACCACACUCCAAGCUAAGACUACCAGGCACUCUCAGCGCUCCACUGAAUCCUCUGUAUUCUUUCACUACUGAAAGUGGGUGUUUCAGCCCAGUAGGAAAUCCUCUUAGCCGAACACUAUUGGGUAGACUGCAGAUGAAUGAUGACAACCUGACAGCAUUGGGAGUGGGAGGAGGAGGCAGUUGUCCACUCGUGCAAGAGACAGUAGUGGCUCUUUAUGACUACACAGCGCAUCGAUCAGAUGAGCUAACCAUCCAUCGCAGUGACAUUAUCCAAGUGUUAUACAAAGAUAAUGAUAACUGGUGGUUUGGCAGCCUAGCAAAUGGACAGCAAGGCUAUUUUCCAGCUAAUUAUGUGGCUGGUGAAAAAGAGUAUGAAGAACAACCUUCAGAAUUAGUAUCAGAUUCUGCUCCUCUCCUACCAGAAGGACCAACAGAAGCAGAGGAAGGUUCUCUGACAUUAGAUAAGAUGUCACCAGUCAUCAGUAAGUCAGGGGACCUAAAAUUUGUCUCCAAGCGUGACACAGAUAGAGACUCACCUGCAACACAAGGUACAAAGAAAAAGAAGAAAAGGAUACAGAGGAAUGAGAGGGAAAAUCAGCACAACUUAAUGAGUCUCGAUACUCCUCUAUCAUCAGUUACAGCUAAUGGUGUUGAAAAUGAACCUACAUCCCAUGGGGUGGAAUUGAAGAAGAAGAAGAAAAAGGCAGUGAGAGGCUCAAACUUAAGCACAAAUGGAAAGACAAAUACUGCCUUUGAGCCUGAAUGCCAGGAUGUAUAGUCAUAAUUUAUUUCUGAAUACUGUGUGUAUUUCAUUACACACAUUGAAGGCUCCAAUUACGGUCUCUCUUCUAGGAUUAACAACAAACAAAGAAAUUAAAAUACUUAAAUAUGCAAAAUGCCACCUGUUGUGACUUACUGAUGGUGUUAACCUGCUUUGGGUGACUUUUGUCCUUGAAAUCAACAGUGAGGUUCAGCUCCUCACUGGACUGGAAAAAAACUGAAACUGUCAAAUACAACAUUUCCUAAUUUAAUAUCUGAUGAAACUUUCACUUAGGCAUUUCUGUAGGCUGUAGGUCAAUCCACUGUGAGCAGAGAAUCAAGUGAAAAAGUGUGAUCUAGAGCAAAACAAGCUCAACCACUACAUAUGUUAUUAAAUUAGCAUUCUAAAAUGCGUUGUAAGUAAAAUAGAAGAGUGUUCAGAGUGGUAAAAUUCCAAAGAAGUGCUGACAUUAUGUACUUGAAAACGUAAGCUUUUUAAAAAUAUUUUUCUGACAUCAAAUACUCACUUGGACUGCAUUUUGCAGCUCUGAAGGGAAUUAACCUAUGUAACUACACUGUCUUCAGUAGGACUACUCAUUCUUAUCAAAGUAAAUAAGUGUUGCAAAUUCCAGGCAGUUACAGUUUUCAGAUGAGGUUUUCUGCACAUAGUGAAGAUUCAUUGGAGUUUUGUCAGAGUUCCUGACUGCUUUGGCAGCAGUCUUGCCAAAGAUACUUUGUUUUUGUCUGAAUGAAAUAUUUCAUAUCCAGCUAUGCUGUUUGUUUUACUAGUAGUCCUUAUUCACUUGUCAUUAAUCUAUUUUUUUACUUGAGUAUUAUUUUGUGAACUUUUACUGAUGACUUCACUAAUUAUCUAUGGUAUUAAAUAAUUUAUGUUUUAUAUUAAAUGAAAUACUUUCUAGCA